AGGCGACAUCAUUGCCGACACUCAUCUACAGACUCGACACGGUCAUGACCCAGCUCGUCAUCGAUGCGCACAAGCAUCAUCAUACGGGUCUUUGUCCAAAUCGUGAAGGAUGGGGCCCAUUCAGUGGCGAGACCUACGACUUUACGCCGUGCUUUCAGGCCACCUUGUCGGACGCACCAUCUGUCCUCGUCAUCAUCGGCGGAUGCUAUGCACUGGUUCAGCUAUUUCAGCGCCCAGUUGCACCUACGCCGAGAACUUGGCACUUUUGGACAAAGCUCGGUGCCGUAGCUGGUGUGUUCGCCGCUGCGCUCGUCUGCACCGUGGUCCAGGCGCAUCUUUCCUACAGCUGGUUCCAAGACAUCCGCGUCUUCUCUGAUAUUCUUACAUGUCUUGCAAUUGUUAUGGCAGGCGUCAUUCACUAUGUCGAACAUGAGCGAUCACGCGUCAGCUCUGGCUUGCUCAUCUUUUACUGGCUGACCAAAUUGCUUGUGGACGGCAUACGCUUCCGCAGUAUGCUUUCUAGAGGACUGCCUCUGUACAGCCACAGCGAUGAAAGCUUCUUGCUCGUUCCCUUGGCUGUUGAAGUCUUCUUUACACUCGCAAUCUGGAUCCUACAGAGUUUUGUGGCCAAGGCAAAUGCAAGCUACAACCAGAUUGGCGAUGAAAAGUGCCCGGUCGAAGAAGCCAACGUUUUGUCUAGGCUUACAUUUCAGUGGCUGACACCCAUUAUGCGAGAAGGCUACAACCACUACUUGACUGACGAAGACUUGACACCCUUGCGAGACACCGACAAGUGUAGGGAAGUCUCUAGCAAAUUUGAAGAGAUUUGGGCAAGUCAGAAGAAGAAAACAAAAGGCGCUCUCUGGCUGACACUUGCCAAACUCGAAGGUGCUACGUACGCUGUUGCUGCUCUUUGCAAAGGUGCGCAAGAUAUUCUCGCUUUUGUGCAACCACAACUUUUGCGCAUGCUCAUCUCGUUUGUCAAUUCGUACGACACAAAGAAGCCACAGCCGAAAAUCAAGGGUUUUGCGAUUGCCAUCAGCAUGUUUCUUGUUUCCUUGCUGCAGUCUGGGUUCUUGCAUCAAUACUUUCAGCGAGCGUUUGAAACGGGCAUGCGCAUUCGCUCUGCACUUACGUCGUCUAUUUAUAAGAAAGCACUCGUGCUCAGCUCUGAAGGCCGAUCAGAAAAGACGACUGGUGAUAUUGUCAACCUCAUGUCUGUUGACACACAGCGUAUUUCGGACUUGACGCAAUACGGCCAAAUCAUCUGGAGCGCCCCGUUCCAAAUUGCACUCUGUCUCAUUUCGCUGUACCAGCUAGUCGGACUUUCCAUGAUUGCUGGCGUCGUCAUCAUGGUCAUCAUGAUUCCACUCAAUGCCUUUGUAUCGCGCAUCAUGAAGAACAACCAAAAGAAGCAAAUGAAAAACAAGGAUGCCCGUACGCGUCUCAUGACGGAGAUUCUUAGCAACAUGAAGACAAUCAAGUUGUACGCAUGGGAGCCAUUCUUUCUCAAGAAGCUGCGUGCCGUCAGAAACGACAAGGAGCUCAAGAUGCUCAAGAAGCUCGGUGUAUUGAACGCCGUCUUCAACUUUACCUGGUCAACUGCGCCAACACUCGUCUCCUUCACGACGUUUGCAGUUUACACACUGAUUGAAAAGAAGCCAUUGACGACAGAGAUUGUUUUUCCCGCACUCAGUCUCUUCAAUCUCCUGGCCUUCCCUUUGGCAGUCUUGCCGCAAGUCAUUACAUCCAUCAUCGAAAGUAUGGUUGCGGUUGAUCGACUUGUUACCUAUUUUGACGCUGGCGAAUUGCAACGUGAUGCAGUCGAGCGGCCCGAAGCCGCCAAACGUGUUGGUCAGGAGACAGUCAAGGUGGAAAAUGGUACUUUCGGCUGGAGCGCGAGUGGCGAGCCGACAUUGGAAAACAUCAACUUUGUGGCUCGCAAGGGAGAACUCUCCUGUGUGGUGGGCAGUGUCGGCAGUGGCAAGUCAUCCUUUUUGCAAUCUUGUCUUGGUGAGCUGCACAAGAGCGCUGGCAGAGUGGUUCUCCACGGCAAAGUUGCCUACGUUGCACAAAGUCCUUGGAUCAUGAACGCGACCGUGCGCAGCAACAUUGUGUUUGGGCACAAGUUUGAUGCAGACUUUUAUCACAAGACGAUUGAAGCUUGUGCGCUGAAAGACGACUUUAAGGCUUUGCCUGAUGGUGAUGAGACGGAAGUCGGUGAAAAGGGCAUCAGCUUGAGUGGAGGACAAAAGGCAAGGCUUUCGCUGGCGCGUGCCGUCUAUUCUCGAGCCGAUGUCUUGCUACUUGACGACCCAUUGUCGGCCGUUGAUCAGCAUGUCGGCAAGCAUUUGGUGGAGAAUGUUCUUGGCCCAAAAGGCCUCUUGCGGACGAAAACAAGGGUUCUUGCCACCAACUACGUUCCAGUUCUCAGUCAAGCAGACAACAUUGUUUUGCUCAAGGACAAACAGAUCAAGGAGACGGGCACCUAUGACGAUAUUAUGGCCGGCAAGAGCGAGUUGCAAGAACUUAUUGUCGAGUUUGGCAAGGAAGCUCAGCAUAAAGAUGGCGGUGACAGUGAUUCUCAGACGGCAGUGCCUUCUGGCAGCAGUGGAGCUAGUAGCGAGGAUGAUGCGCCAAAGAACAAGCGUCGCGAGUCUUCCAACACCUUGCGCCGUGCUAGUGAAGCCUCCUUCACUAAGCCGCAUGGUCGUGUCCUGGAUGAGGAACGACCUGAUCCAAAACUCUCCGCAGUCAAGGAGGAAUUCUCCGAACAGGGCAACGUCAAGUUCAAGGUAUAUCUCGAAUACAUGCGCGCAUGUUCAUUCACCGGUGUCACCUUUCUGCUUCUGUUCAUUUUUGCAUCUCAGGGUGCGCAGGUUGCAUCUAGUGUGUGGCUCAAAAAUAUCUCGUCCGAGUACGACUCUGGUGGUGAAGUCAAUCCUGGCUUUAUGCUCGGCGUCUACUUUGCACUCGGCGUUGGCGCCUCCUUGCUGACAAUGUGCUACACACUCAUUCUGUGGAUCUUUUGUUCUAUUAGAUCAUCGCGCAUCCUUCACGAAAACAUGGCCCAAGCAGUCUUCCGCUCUCCGAUGAACUUCUUCCAAGUCCAGCCAAUGGGGCGCGUUCUCAAUCGCUUCAGCAACGAUAUUUACAAGAUUGACGAAGUUUUGCCACGCACGUUCAGCAUGUUCUUCCGCAACUCUGUACAGGUUUGCUUUGUGCUUGGUGUGAUUUGCGCAAGCACACCAAUCUUCACGGUAUUGAUUAUUCCAUUGGCGCUGAUUUACUAUGCAAUCCAGCGAUACUACCUCAAGACAUCGCGAGAACUCAAGCGUCUGGAUUCGACGACGCGUAGUCCCAUCUAUGCACACUUCCAAGAGUCGCUCGGUGGCAUUUGCACUGUUCGCUCGUACGACCAAGAAGAUCGCUUUGCAAAGGAGAAUGAAUGGCGCAUGGACAUGAAUCAAAAAGCCUGGUUCCUGUACAUCAGUACCAAUAGAUGGCUUGCUGUACGUCUUGAAUUCGUUGGCAGUUUCAUUAUUCUGGCCGCUGCAGUCUUGUCUGUGGUGAGCGUUUAUUCAUCUGGCAUUUCAGCAGGUCUCGUCGGUUUGUCCAUGUCUUAUGCAUUGCAAACGACACAGUCACUCAACUGGAUUGUGCGACAAACUGUUGAGGUUGAGACCAAUAUUGUCUCUGCGGAGCGUGCACUGGAAUAUGCACAAUUGCCCAGUGAAGCGCCUGAAGUUACAGACUUUAGACCGCCCGCCGCAUGGCCAACAGAGGGUGCUGUCAGAUUUGAAAAGUACAGCACACGCUACCGCGAUAACCUACCACUUGUGUUGGAUGAGAUCGACAUUGACAUCAAACCUGGUGAGAAAGUAGGCAUUGUUGGUCGGACAGGCGCAGGUAAGUCUUCCUUGACCAUGGCGCUCUUCCGCAUUAUUGAGCCGUCUUCUGGCAAGAUUCUGAUUGAUGGCAUGGAUACAUCUCGCAUGGGUUUGCGUGAUUUGCGAUCAAAGUUGAGCAUCAUUCCACAGGAUGCCGAGGCGUGGAGCAGUUCACUGCGCGAUAAUCUUGAUCCCGGCGGUGAGUAUGAAGAUACUGAAAUGUACUCUGCAUUGAGACGUGUACAGCUGCUUGGCGACGAUGAGCAAAUUGGCGAGUCGGGCAAUAUGUUUGCAAGCCUAGACUCACAAGUUGGUGAGGCUGGUGGCAACAUGUCCUCUGGUCAACGACAGCUCAUGACUCUAGCUCGAGGUCUGUUGAGACGGAGUAAAGUGGUACUCAUGGAUGAAGCGACGAGCAGCAUCGACUACUCAACAGACAAGGCCAUUCAAAAGAUUCUCAGGACAGAGUUUGAUCAUGCUACAGUACUGACGAUCGCGCAUCGACUCAGUUCCGUAAUUCACUAUGACCGCAUCUUAGUGCUAGAUUAUGGCAAGGUCAAGGAGUUUGCUGCUCCCAAGGAAUUGCUCAAAAAUCCCGAAAGUCUUUUCACAAAGUUGUGUGAGACGAGUGGUGAGCUCAAGACAUUCAAAGAGCAGCUCAAUGUACAUGUAGAGUAGAGUCAAUCAUACAUGCAAUCUAUCAAGAAAUAAUUUACUAAACAGCCAACGCGAUUUCCUUCUGCUCCUUAUCUUUGGAGUCUUUCUUCACAGACCGCCACUCAACGAGACAAGCAAACAUGAAGGCUACACACGACAAGACAAGCGCAACACGAUACGCUGCACGUAGCGCAUGCAUGUAGCCUUCAAAGAUCUCUGGCCAGUACAGCGGAUCCACAAUUUUUCUAAAGCCAGUAGCACCUUGAGAAAUGAU